GGUUUACCGGCAUAGCGGCUUCCACGAACAUUGGGGGGGACUAACGAUUCUUCGUUACCAACUAUCAGGUUGUAAAAUCUUACCAGAUGGGAUCAUGAUGAAAACUCCAUUUAUCCAGAAACCCAAUUCACGCAGAAACUCGAAAGCCCUCGAGUCAUAGUUCAAGCGGCUGUCAACUUCCCCCCCCUCCUCCCCUCUGCUCACCUCCCUUACCCUUCCCCAACCCAAUCAAGAUAUUCGGUACCCCUUUCCACGCCCACACAUCUCGAACCCAUCUGGGUCUCUAUCCCGGACCAAAAGAUGUCUACCAACAUUUCCACCCAAGAUGACGAACCAAAGUCACAACACGGCAUCGUUUUCCAGGAUAUCGAGUGCACAGCUGGCGGAGAGGGCCAUGGAAAACACAACGACCAAGUAGAGACGACUACUCGACUCCGUUCACUAUUUUGGCCGAAUUCUCUAAGCACUAGCAAGGAGGGCGUCGUCUACGACAACCACUCCAAGGAGAAUCCAAAGUGGUAUCAGAAGCUGAUCGACGCGUAUCAGAAGCUGAUCGACGCCGGUGUCGAGGAAAACGGGAUCCAGCCGGUUCCGAUUGAGGGGAGGACUUCGACGCAGUAUAAUCAGUUGUUUACUGUUUUCUUUACUGGUUUGUUGUGUUUACUGCCGGUACCAACUGGCAUGCUAGCCACUCUCGAGUUUGGCUUGAGUCUGAGAGACGCUUCGUUGAUUAUCCUCUUCUUUGCGCUGCUUACAUGCCUCCCGCCUGCCUUCAUGGGGAUCGGAGGGAUGGAGACGGGCAUGAGGCAGUUUGUGCAAGCUCGGUAUUCAUUCGGCCUCUACCUAGUCAUCAUCCCCCUCCUCCUCAACGCCGCCACCAUAACCGGCUUCACCCUCAUGUCCGCCAUCGCGGGCGGGCAGACCCUCGCAGCCGUCAACCCCUCCCACGUCAGCGUAAACGUAGGCAUCGUCAUCACCUGCCUCGUCGCCUUCGGCGUCUCUCUCCUCGGCUUCCACUUCGUCCACUUCUGGAACCGAUGGACUUGGAUCCCCAACCUGAUCGCCCUUGUCAUCACCGUCGGCUGCGGCGGCCGCUACCUCCAUCUGCAGUCCGAGCCUGCCGCACCGGCCACGGCCUCGCAGGUCCUUAACCUCGGGAGCCUUAUAGCGGGAUAUUUCCUCACGUUUGGCGGGAUGGUGGGCGAUUAUUCCAUUUACCACAACCCAAGAGGCGCUCUCAGAUUCAAGUCGUUCAGCGCCAGAGCCCGCAUCUUCACCUACCUCUACCUCGGCCUGUUCCUCCCCUCUGUUCCACUUUUCAUCUUGGGAGCCGCCAUAGGCGGCGCCGUUCCCCAAGUUCCUGCGUGGCAAGCCGCUUACGCUUCGACGGGCAUCGGGGGCGUGAUGAUGGAGAUGCUUGCUCCCGCGGGCGGGUUUGGCAAAUUCGUGAUGGUGGUGCUUGCGCUCAGCGUAAUUGGGAACAUUGCCAUCUCCAUGUAUACCAUCUCGUUGAACCUGGAGAUGCUGCUCCCGCCGUUGCCCCCUAAAGUAAGGGUCCAUCGGUUUGUGUUUAUCCUGGUGACGAUGGCGGUCAUGAUCCCGUUGGCGGUAAGGACGGCGAAGGAGUGGCAGACUAGUUUGAUCAAUUUUCUGAGUGUCAUUGGGUAUUGGUCGGCGUGCUUUGAUGCGGUUUUGAUACUGGAGUUGGUGGUGUUUAGAAAGAUGGACUAUGCGAGCGUCGAUCAUGCUAUCUGGAAUGUGGGGAGGAAGUUGCCCCCUGGGGUGGCGGCCUUAGGUGCCUCGAUACUGAGUUGGGCGCUGGUGGUCCCGGGGAUGGCGCAGUCGUGGUAUGUUGGUCCGAUUGGAAAGAGGACUGGGGAUAUCGGGGUUGAGGUGGCUUUUGUGGUGACGGGCUUGUUGUAUCUACCUUUGAGGUGGCUGGAGAUCAAGAUUCGGGGCGGAUUCUGAUGGACGACAUGAGUACGACUAGAGUCCCGCUGGUUACAGACGGUCAACUCGGGUUGCUUAGGGAAGAAAACUGUAGAGGUGUAUCUACCAUAGCCAUCAGGC